CCGGCACCGCCGACGGGACUGCGCUUCCCGUCCGCCUCCGCGCCGCCGGCAGCGAGAGCUCCGCCGCCAUGGGUUGGGGGACGCGGUUGGGCGUCCUGGGGAGCCUAGCUCUAUGGGCGCAGGGCCGGCGGCGGGCGGCGGCGUCUGGCGGCGCCCCGGAGGAGGGCGGCGGGGAGCGGCGGGGCCUGGAGCUGAAGCUGGUGCAGGUGGUGUUCCGGCAUGGGGCGCGCACCCCGCUGCGGCCACUGCCGGGGGCGGCGCCGCAGGUGGAAUGGCACCCCAGUCUUUUAGAUGUGCCUGCCCAGACUAAGUUUGAUUACAUGGUGACUGACCUCAAUGGAGGGCCUCAGCCUCCCUCGCCCCAUGAGGAGCGAUACAAAAAGACCACAUUCAAGGGUGGUGCAAUUGCAGGACAGCUGACAACAGUAGGGAUGCAGCAGAUGUUUGCCCUGGGGGAAAGGCUGAGGAGAAGCUACGUGGAAGAAGCCAACUUUCUCUCACCAACACUUAGGCCUGCUGAGGUUUUCAUCCGUUCCACUAAUAUUUUCCGGAAUCUGGAGUCCACACGGUGCCUGCUAGCUGGGCUGUACCAACAGCAGAAAGAAGGAUCUGUUGUCAUUGUCACCGAUGAAGCAAACUCUGACAUCCUCUACCCCAAUUACAACAACUGCCAGCGCCUGAAAUGCUUGAGCAGGCAUAAGUGGAAGAAUGCUCUGCACCAGCCGGGUAUCUCUGAUGACUUGAAAACAAUUAAGGAGAAGAUGGGUAUUGAUGGUGAGAAGUCUGUGGAUUUUUUUCUCCUCCAUGAUAACAUUUUUGCUGAGCAGGUGCACAAUUUGCCAAGCUGCCCUGUGCUGAAGAACUUUCAGCAGACAGUUGAGCGUCGAGCUGUGGACUCGCUGCUUUUCGUUCUGGAAGUCGAUUCAAGAGAAGUUCUUCAGAUGAACGUUGGUCCUCUUUUCUAUACCUUACAGAAGAACAUUACAGAAGCAGUAGAUCCCUCAUCUCCAGCUGAAAAGGCCAGAAAGCUCAUUCUCUAUGCUUCUCAUGACAUUACCCUCACUGCUCUCCUGGUGGCACUGGGCACCUUUGAUCACAAGUGGCCACCUUACGCUGCAGAUAUGAUCCUGGAAUUGUACCAGCACCAGCAGACCAAAGAGUGGUUUGUUCGCGUGUCUUACUGUGGAAAGGAACAACUGGUGAAAGGAUGUAGAGCAGGUCUCUGCCCACUUGAAGAAUUUCUAGAAGUUCUUUCACAGUACUCAGUCAGUCCAGAGGAGUACAAUAACCUGUGCUCCCAAAACAGAGGGGAAUCAGCAAACUGACUCAUAAAUAAGUUGUCUUAAAUUAAAAAUAGUUUUUGUCACAA